UCCAGAAAAGACAAGAGGGAAAAAGCAAGAGAUCAAGAACUGGAGAAGAGAAAGAGCUUUUCUUUCUUCUUUCUCUCUGGCGCUCUACAAGGGCGCCAGAGGUCUUUUUUCCUCUUAGAGUUAUUAAUCAUUUUGAAAAAGGAAAAAGAAAAGAAGGAAGAGAGAACAAGAACAUCUCCUCUCUCUGUCUAUUACUACGUUUUUCCUUUUUCAGUACCUUAAAUGACCAAGUCAUACAUAACUUAAACACGGAUUGAUAUUUCAAUGGAGAGUGGUAGUAUGGAAAUGAAAGUUCAACAACCAUAUUUAGCUGUUCCAGUACUGCCACCACGUUGGAAGAUAGUAAUGGUGGCCUCCAUAGCUGCUGGAGUUCAAUUCGGAUGGGCACUUCAGCUCUCUUUGUUAACUCCUUAUUUACAGCUACUUGGAAUUCCACACAGAUAUGCUUCAAUUAUAUGGCUUUGUGGACCUAUUUCUGGAAUGAUUGUUCAGCCUGCGGUUGGUUAUUUAAGUGACAACCUCUCCUCCACCUUUGGCCGCCGUCGGCCUUUCAUUGCCGCCGGCUCCUCCCUUGUCGCCGUCGCCGUCAUCUUCAUUGGCUUUGCUGCUGAUAUUGGACAUGCUUUUGGUGAUCCUCUUGAUACAAAAACUAAGCCGCUUGGCAUUAUUACUUUUAUCGUUGGGUUUUGGUACCUUGAUGUCGCUAACAACAUGUUACAGGGUCCGUGCAGAGCAUUCUUGGCUGAUCUCUCCGGCGGGAAAGCCUGUCGGAUAAGGACGGGACAGUCUUGCUACGCAUUCUUCAUGGCGGUGGGAAGCAUUCUGGGGAACGCCGCCGGUUCAUAUUCUCACCUCUACACCAUCUUCCCCUUCACAAAGACAGAAGCCUGUGGUGUUCAAUGUGCAAACCUAAAGAGUUGUUUUCUGAUCUCAGUAGUUUUAUUGCUCACUUUAACAACCUUAGCCUUAACAGCUGUGGAUGAAAAAGUGCUGCCACAGAAAGAUCAUUUCAUCAACAGUGAAUAUUUGGGUUCAUCAGGAAAAAAAGGAGGAUUGUUAUUUUUUGGAGAGAUGUUUGAAGCUCUAAAGCAUUUGCCAAGAUCAGUGUGGAUUCUUCUAAUGGUCACAGCUGUAAACUGGAUUGCUUGGUUUCCAUUCACCUUGUAUGGCACUGACUGGAUGGGCAAAGAGGUAUAUGGGGGCAGAGUUAGGGACGGGAAUCUAUACAAUAAAGGAGUACAUGCAGGUGUAUUUGGGCUUCUGUUGAGCUCAGUGGUGCUAUGUUUAAUGUCACUGGGAGUGGAGUGUGUUGGAAAGUGGCUAGGUGGUGCAAAAAGGCUAUGGGGGAUUGUCAAUUUCAUCUUGGCUAUUUGCUUGGCCAUGACUGUUUUUGUUACAAAAAUGGCAGACAAAUCACGGCGAUACGACGGCGACGGCGAACUUCUGCCGCCGGAUCAAGGUGUCAAGAUCAGUGCCUUGCUUCUUAAUGCUGUUACGGGAAUUCCUCUAGCAGUCCUUUAUAGCAUCCCAUUUGCUAUGGCAUCUAUAUAUUCCAGUAAUGUUGGGGCAGGGCAAGGUCUAUCACAAGGAGUCAUAAAUCUUGCAAUAGUUGUCCCACAGACGUUAGUGUCACUAGUGGGAGGGCCAUUUGAUGCAUUGUUCGGAGGAGGGAACUUGCCGGCGUUUGUGGCGGGAGCAGUUGCAGCUGCAGUCAGUGGUAUUUUGGCACUCACAUUGUUGCCUUCUCCUACUGAGCCAUGCCAAACAUAUCCCCAUUUUCGCCGUUGCUUCCCAAUGACAAAAUACUGGACAUCACAAAACAAGUUUUGAUCACUAAUUUUUUUUCUUUCUUUUUGUGCAUAAUGCAGAAUUAGAGUAACACAGUUUUGAAGGUUUUCCUGCCUUCUGUUAAUGGUUGUACAAAAUAAUGAUGUUAGAUCGUACUAUUAGUAUAUGUUAUUUAAAAGGCUGACAGAGUCCAAUUCCUCUCA